UGUGUGACAGAGGUAUCCGGAUGAUGUUCGUUGUUGUAUUUCCUUUCAAGAAACGGGCUGGGGAAAACAAGAUCAAGUAACCCAGGCCCCAAGUUAAAUACAGAAAAAUAAGGCAAACGUGAAACAACCCAUACCCUGCGGAUUACAUUUUGUUACUGGAAGACCUGAAGUACAAAAGGAACCAUGCCUCAGAACGAACACAUUGAGUUACACCGCAAACGGCACGGUUAUCGCCUGGACCACCAUGAGAGAAAGAGGAAGAAGGAGAGUCGAGAAGUCCACGAGCGCUCACACAAGGCUAGGAAGAUGAUCGGAUUGAAGGCCAAACUCUACCAUAAACAGAGACACUCCGAGAAGAUCCAGAUGAAGAAAACCAUUAAAAUGCAUGAGCAGAGGAAGACUAAGCAGAAGAAUGAUGAGAAGACCCCACAGGGUGCGGUGCCCGCCUACCUGCUGGACCGAGAGGGCCAGUCCCGGGCCAAAGUCCUCUCUAACAUGAUCAAGCAGAAGAGGAAGGAGAAAGCUGGUAAAUGGGAAGUCCCAUUGCCAAAGGUUCGGGCACAGGGGGAGACAGAGGUGCUCAAAGUUAUCCGCACAGGGAAAAGACAGAAGAAGGCUUGGAAGAGGAUGGUUACCAAGGUCUGCUUCGUUGGCGACGGAUUCACUCGCAAGCCACCCAAAUACGAACGAUUCAUCAGACCCAUGGGCUUGCGUUUCAAGAAGGCUCACGUAACGCACCCGGAGCUGAAGGCCACAUUCUGCCUGCCCAUCCUGGGGGUGAAGAAGAACCCGUCAUCCCCGCUCUACACCACGCUGGGAGUGAUCACCAAGGGCACGGUGCUGGAGGUGAACGUCAGCGAGCUGGGCCUGGUCACGCAGGGUGGCAAAGUCAUCUGGGGUAAAUUUGCUCAAGUGACGAACAACCCGGAAAACGACGGCUGCAUUAACGCAGUUCUGCUUGUGUAAACGGACUCUUUAUGAACUGUGCCAGGUGUACAGAGACCAGGACUGGGUCUGACGGUGAACAGCAGGACUUCACAUUCACGGAUCACCGCAGUCAAAUAUCUGCAGUUUUGCAUGCAGACUUUCUGCAAACUAUUCUCCAAACAAGGAGUAAAUAAAGGGUUUUUUCAAAUCAA